UCGUCAUAGAUAUUAUAGCUGACCUUUGAGCCAAGGAAAUUCUCAAGGGGUGUGGUGUAUUGACGGAACCAAAUUGGUGCUUUAUUUGGAAAGCAAAUGUCGGUUCAGAGAUAUAAUACAGAGUGACUAUCUGUUUUUCUAGACUAAGGAUUUGUAGUCACACGUAGUUGUGAAAGGGAACCUGCAGACGGAGGGGGCACGAGACCUGUCACUCUUCGGAAACCUUCGGACAGAGUAAACAGUUCCGGAUAUGUAAACUUCUUCAGUGCAUAUGGACAAAGAACAUAUGGACAAAGGAAGACGAAGUCGUUGAUAGAAACAUGUGUGACAUUGCGGGCAGCGGCGAGCUGUCAGAAAGAGACGCCAUCAAAUCUGAAACUCCCUCGCAUUCUCAGACACGCGGACAAAAACAAGAGGCUAAAAUCCAAAUGAACGACUCAAAUGAGUCAAAUUCGAGCCUUACGGCGGAACCGACACCAGAGGAGCGGCCGGCUAAAGUUGGCGCGCGUGCGGUGUCGCUGACACUCAGCGCUGCAGUGCGUAGGUCCAGAUUUCAAAGACAGCUGGAAGCAUCUGAAUCAAAAACAUCAGCCGAGGUCCAGGAGAAAGGCUCCAUUACGCCUGCCAUGCGCAAAAAAUACCUGAAGGACUUAUUUUUGAAUUAUAAUUCGCAUAGUGGCCUGUCAACAAUCUUGAGCGUGUCCUCUAGGGACAGCGUGGAUGCAACCUCUCAGGGUGCGGACGAGAGCAAUGCAUCCUGGGUACUGGAUCCCACUGAACACGCAUGGAUGCUAUCAGUGGUUGAUGGGAAUUAUGACACUAUAGCAGAGUUUCUCUUGGAGGACCCCAGUUUACUGACCAGGAAGGACUUUGUGACCGGCUAUACAGCUCUCCACUGGUUAGCAAAGAAAGGAAAACACGAGGCGUUAUUAAAGCUUCUAAAAAAUGCUGAGAGAAAAGGGAACCCCGUGGACGUGAACUUAAAGGGCAGUGGUGGUCAGACCCCUCUUCAUGUUGCUGUUAUGCACAGACAGUAUAUGGUAAUCAAGAUCUUAGUUGGUGCAUUUAAUGCCAAAGUUGAUGCCAUGGACUACAAUGGAAAAAGGGCAUGGCAAUAUCUCAAAGAUGAUGCACCAUCAGAGAUGAAGGAGCUCCUUGGUGCAUUAGAUGAAGAACACAUUAUCUGCCAAAUGAACGCUAAUAACAAUAAUGCAUGUUGCACUGAAGAGGCUUCUGUGAAGAACUGCCAAAAAAAGACAAACAUUGACACAGUCAGUAGUAACGGGCCAUGGCGCUUGGGCUCGUUUAGAAAGUUACUUUCCCCAUUUUUCUCUGGAGGGAAGAACUGAAAGACAUUAGAAAUCUAAUAAUUACACACCAGAUAACUGGAAAUAGUAUAAAUUCCAGUGAAUACAAAUUCAACAUUUCAUAAAUUAUUGUUUUUAUAUUGAACUAGUUAAUAAAAGCAUUGUAACUGCCAAUUUAGUUUGUAUAUAUAAUUUCCUGAAUGUAUAUUUACAUAAAGUAUCAGUAAUGACAAUGUAUUUGAAGCUGAAUUCUAGAAAUCAACCCAAUCUCAUCCAGUUUAUCAGUUGUAAAAAAGUAGUUUACAUUACUUGAACACAAGCCAAUACCACAGACCCAAGCACCUUCAAAUCACAAUGUUUCCCUCAAAUAAACAUUCAGAAAAAAGGGCAAGAGGCAUUUCAUUUUUGGUCUGAUCAUUUAUUGUUGACCAACAGCAUUUUCAGAGUAUCUGUACAAAAUAGAUUUCUGAUCCACAUAACAGAUGCUCCCCAAACAACUGGUCAGAGUUGGUGAUGCUUGCAGGGUGCAGAUGUAGUCAGAACCGAAAAGGCAAGUACUGAGCUUACAAGCCAAGCUUUGUCCUCCUCCAGUGUCUGCGCUUGGAGUUGUACCUGCAG